GAUUCGCGUUUCGUUGCGUUCGGGUGUUCGCUGUGCUGUUUGAGAGACAUUUACGUGCUUUUCUUCUCGAGGUUUUUUUUUUUAGUAGUUUUUGUUUUCUCUUCCCUGGACACAUUGAAAGUGUGUUGGCAAAAGUGUAACAGGAAAAAAGGGAAAAUCGGUUGCUUUUUCUCGCGGAUUCUUCCAUUUGGCAGCAGUUUUGCUUCUUAAUCUAAUUACUUUUGCUAAUGGAAAGUUAGCUACGGGGAAGUGCAUGUGCGGGACAUAAUUUCGGGCAAUCUGUUCUGACGGUGAAGACUGUGGUAGUGGUUCCCCAAUCCGGUUACUGCUGCUGGUGCGAAGGAAGAGAAACUGGGUGCCUUCCAGACUGCAGCGCAGCCUACACAGGCGGAGCCAUGCCAAAUUGUGCUGGUAGUGGUGCUGCUUCUGGUGGUCGGUUGGCAAGAACCUGAAGAAUCAAUCCCAAUUACUCCUAAGUGCGACGGUGAACUUCCAGCCAUAAGAAGUGUGUGUGUGUCCGCGCGGAAUAGAAGAAAGAAGUAGACACGGUCCACCACAGGAAGAGAGUGUUGAUGGAAAGGUCUCUGGAAGAAGAACGAUCAGUAUGGUGAUGGCUUAGCAGAGGCGAAGUGCGGUCAGUCUGUGGAAGUGGAAGUGCGCGGUGUGUCCAGUCCAGAAAAGAAGGGAAAAAUCAAAAUCUAUCGAGAGGCACGAUAACAGAAAGGUGACCACGAAGAGAAGCGAGUUUCGCCUGCAUUUGGUUCUGUAUUCGUGUCAACCCCCAGUUGUCCAACGACGACGCGACUGACGGUGGCCCGCGUUGUCGUGGACGGUUGUUGUUGUUGUGGCUAUUGGUGGCAUGGUGUGCGCCGCCAGUGGCGAUCGGAAGGACAAGAAGAAGAGGAAGGGUCGCGAAAUUCCGGUGCACUGUCGUCCGUGGUGUGGUGUAGGUAAGGGGAAAGUGGUGGCGCGUGGCGAGUGUGGAUAAUCGUCAAGGGUCACGAUGCUGCGGUUUCUGAGUCGACGGAAGACCCGCAACGUGCCAGGGACGGACGCGGCCGACAGCCAGAUCAAGUCGCAGAGGAUUCCCACGAACAAAAACCUUGUCCCGUGCCGUGUGAUACUGCUGGACAACACGGAUCUGUCGGUUGAUUUAUCGAAAAAAGCCCUGGCGAGCGAUUUGUACGAGCAAGUCUUCUAUUCGCUGGAUCUAAUAGAAAAGGAUUACUUCGGACUGCAGUACACCGACGCAAACAAUGUCAAGCACUGGUUGGACCCAACGAAGGCGAUCAAAAAGCAAGUUAAAAUCGGUCCUCCCUAUACCCUACGGCUGAAGGUGAAAUUCUACUCCUCCGAACCGAACACACUCCGAGAGGAGCUCACGAGGUAUCAGUUCUUUCUCCAGCUAAAGCAGGAUCUGCUCGAGGGCAGACUGGAGUGUCCGGAUCCACAGGCAGCCGAGUUGGCUGCCCUUGCCCUGCAAUCUGAACUGGGGGACUUUGACGAGACGGUCCACUCGGCCGCAACGGUGUCCGAGUUUCGUUUCGUGCCGAACCAAACCGAAGAACUGGAACUGUCGAUCUUGGAUGAGUAUAAAAAGUGUAAUGGUCUGACGCCGGCCCAAGCUGAAACCAGCUUCCUCAACAAAGUCAAGUGGUUGGACAUGUACGGAGUCGAUAUGCAUACCGUUCUGGGAAAGGACGGCUGCGAGUACCAUCUAGGUUUAACGCCGACCGGCAUUCUGGUGUUCGAAGGAAUCCAAAAGAUCGGCUUGUUUUUCUGGCCCAAAAUCGGUAAGCUGGACUUCAAGAAGAAAAAACUAACGCUGGUCGUGGUGGAGGACGACGACCACGGCCGCGAACAGGAGCAUACGUUCGUAUUUCGGUUGCACAACGAGAAGGCCUGCAAACACCUGUGGAAGUGUGCCAUCGAGCACCAUGCCUUCUUCCGGUUGCGGGCCCCCGUUAAGGGUCCCUCGGCAAGGCAGAACUUUUUUCGGAUGGGUUCCCGCUUCCGAUACUCUGGCAAGACAGAGUUCCAGACAACGCAACAGAACCGAGCCCGCCGGACGGUGCAGUUCGAGCGGCGUCCCUCGCAACGUUUUGCACGUCGACAGUCACACGUCCUUCGAGAACGGCAGAAGCAAGUCCAGCCCGAUCCGACGCAGCAGCCGACUCCACCUUUAUUGUCUACCGCUGAUGACACCCAAAACUCCACCUCGGGAACAUCGACUCCAUCUGCGAACACGGUGAUCCACAACCACAUCUCGGCGUCGGCCAGCACAGCGUCCGACAUUGGAGGCCCCAUGUUGAAUGGCAAUCUCCCCUCGCUUAGUUCGAAUAAGUCAAUCUCAUCGAGUGAGGAUGUCACGUUUGGCAAACUGGGAUCAUUCGGGAAGGCUGGAAUCUCGUACAAACCCGACGAUCCGGUCGGCAAGCUGAUUGAUCACGAUGAUCCCUUCACUAAGCUACCUGGGCACCAUCACGGCGGAUCGUUUGGCAAGGCUUCCAUCAGUUCGGGCUUUAGCAUCAAGACAACUUCGUCGGAGCGGGAACGGCUCGAUACGCUGAUGAAGACCUAUGCCAAGGACCCAUCGCCGUCUAUACACAGCGCAGAACUGAAUGAAACCAGCAUCUUCAAAGUCACCAUCAACAAGACUCCCGACGACACGCUGAAGAAGUUGUCCACCGGUUGCAAUACGGCUGAAAAGCCUAACAAUCAGGUCAAGCUUUCGAACGCGGUGAUGACGCCUCUCCCACCCAGCCAGAUGAAGUGCAAUAUCCUUAAAGCAGAAGAACUUCAUCCGAAGUUGACCAAUCACCAGUUGUACGUACCUCCGAAUGAUGGUCCGGAUUCCCUGAGUGCGGCGACAUUCGUAUCGGUGGGAGGUGAUAAGCUAACCUUGAACCUAACCGGGACUACGACUCCUACGGUCAGUGGCCACACAACGGUAACGACAAUGAUGUCCAGUCCAACGGUGGUCACUCCGACCUCACCGACACAAUCGUUCGAGAGUUUUCUUCCACCGAUAACGCCGCCACCCUCGCUAGUAUCGGUCACCAGCACCACUGCCGUCCACAGCAGUCUUCCCGACCAAAGUCCCCUGCUGCUGAAUGGGCUUAGUCCUAAACCGGAUAACGUAACCGUCACUCAUUUCUCCGAGCAGAAGGGAGGAAUAGUCGAGAAAAUAAGCGUUCCUUUGCAUUCCAUCGCUACCAGUCCUACCGUAGAAAAAAUUGCCAACAACAAUCCAUUCCUCAAUAUGUCCCAUCCCUCAUCCCCAACUAUUCCUGUAACCCCUAGCAAAUCAUCCACCAAUCCCUUCCAUAACAUAUCCACCUCCUCCAACAGUUCGGGAACCUCCGAAACAGGUCUGAACUCCGCUGAAACUGUCAGCGUUCCGAGCUCCCCACUGCAACAGCAUCAGCAGACAGAGUUCAAGAGUAGCAACCCCUUCAAGCUUCCUGGCAGUCUAAAUAGUUCGCGAGCCCGCAGCAAGAGUCCGGCCAUGGGACGUCAAACAGCCGGCGGUAGCCGAAGUAACAGUGCUGGUAGCAGAGGAACCUCCCCCACUAGCAACGGCGAACCUAUGAGCCCCAAGACAUUUGAACUGAAAAGGAUUCCCAGCUUGCGACGACCGGAAAUGCUAAAGACGGCAGUGGUUGGUAGUUCACAGGUGGCGGCGGCGGUAGCGUUAUCGACGGACGCAACGGAUACGGGUGCUGCUGUGGCACCAACCAACGGCAUCGCUGCGGAGAAUAAUAACGGCAAGAGUAAACCGGCCAAGGAAGCCCUGAAGGAGAACAUAAAACCCCACUCGAUGGACAUCUCGCCGUGGCUUGUCUCCUCGGACGUCGUAACCGGUUCGACGAAGGCCAAGGAGGCCACCAUCAUCCGGAAGUCGGUCAUCACCACGCAGCUUUAAUGAAGAUAACAGACAGUCACUUGUUUUGUUUAGAUGUAAGCGAGAGGAUCGGAAAGGAGGAGCAACACCAUUGAUGGAAUGUAAUUUUCUUGAUUACUAGAGAUUCAACUAGUAGCAGAUUUGUUUUAUCCGAGUAUAUUUAAGUUGUUUGUUGAUAGGCGUUAGGUGAUUCGAUGUGUAUACAUAUGAGACUACUAUUUUAUGAAGAAUGGGAUGGUAAUUCAUUCUGGUUUUAAUAACCGAAGAUGUGUCGUUUGUUCCGGGAGCCGAUUGAUUUUAUUUUGCAAUUCUUGUCGAUUUUGCAACAAAAUCAACUCAAUAAACGCAUGAAAUCAUCAAAAUGUAA